AUGUCGACUUACAAAUAUUUUAUAUUAACUUGUUCCCCGACCAGGCUUCGCUUUAGUUUUAUUAAAAUAAAAAUCGCUAAAGAACAAUUAUUAUUAUUAAUAUAUGUGUUUUGUUCUAAGAGAAAUUUCAACAGUAUGACAUUUUUUGAAGCAAAAUUUGAUAAUACAAUGGACACUAAAUUGGCAGAGAAUUAUUUGCAACAAAAGAAAGAAAUCCACUCUAUAGGGUAUGAAGAUAAUGGGCAGUUUGAAUCAAAUACUUUUAAUAAUAAAAUAUUUUUUUCCGAAUACAAUGAGAAUUUGGUAACUAAAUGUGACACUGAAGAUUUUCAAGAUUUUUUAAGUUUGGCAGAGGAAAUAGUCAAUAAAAAGGACUUAUUUUGUCAAUUAGAAUAUUUAAUAAGGGAUAUUCCAAUGGAAUAUGUUAAACAUUUUGACAUCGAAUUAAUUAAGCAGAAUCUUAUCUAUCAUGGAAUGUAUGGAAAAGGGGACAAAGUUUAUGAUUCAGUAAUACUGAUGACAGAUGACAGUCACCUUGCAGAUCUCGGCUGCAUUGUGUCCUGUGAAUAUCCCGUGACAAUAAUAUCUGGGGUGAAGACGGCAAUUAUUUGUUCUCUUUUUGUAGAUAUUUGUAUCAGCGUUGGAUUAACAAAAGUGAAGUUAUGUAUUGUUUCCAACAUUUAUAAGAUAUUUAAGGGGCCAGUGCCUAAUAGAUUUGUGGGUCGAAGUAAUAUUACAGGAGAAACAUUUGCUGUUUAUAACGAGGGUUGCACCGGCGUGGUGACUGAGAAUGCUGACAUGGACUCUGCGGUAGAUGCUUUCUUAUUUGCUCCCAUUCAGCGCCCGUGGCGUGUUAGAAGAAUUUUUGUACAAGAAAACGUUAUAAAGCGCUUCGAAAACGCCCUCGCGUGGAAAAGCGACAAAGUGGACUCUACAGAAAACUCCAAUUAUCAGAAAUCUUCAUCUGUCUACAGUUAUGAAAAUAAGACAUUUCUAUUCGAAUUUGUAGGUUCUAUUGAUAUUGGUAACGCAACUAUAAUAGAAGCGUAUAGAACGGUUAAAGAACUUUUUUCUUUGUUAAAUAAAAUUAAUCCAUUUUGUGUGUCGAUUUGGUCGAACAAUGUUGCUGAAUCUAACGAAAUAGCACAUGAAUCUAAAGCAACAAUAAUUUGGAUUAACGGUUUUGGUCAUGUAGAUAGCCCACAUUUAGCGAACGCUUACUAUUCGUUCUUACACCAAAAUAUAGAUCAAAGUAUCACUAAUUCUAUACACAAUUCUGACAAUACUAAACAAGUUUUAAAUUUAAAACGCGAAUGGCUCAAAUUAGACAAAGAUGUCCGGUUCAAAAUUAUUCACAAGUUAUUCAGAAGUGGGAUAGAUAGACUAAUACUGGAUUCAAACGAUUCUUUUAAUGUAGGGAAAAAUAUUUGCAUAGCAAUACGUAAACCUGUUGAUUUUAUUUACUUAAAACUAAAAAGUGACUUUCCAUUAAGCGAAGAGCAUUUACGUUAUGUUAUGGAUGGCGGCGUUAUUAUAUUCUUGCACACUCCUUCAGAGGGAAAUGUGGCAAUAAAAAUUAUAGACCUUACAUGUAUCAAAGAAGAGUACGCCCGUCGCAAUCUGCACAGAGAGCCGCGUGUUAUGUCCAAACUGCGACAUCCUUGUAUCGCUGCCAUAUAUGAAACUAUGAUGAGGCUUAAAUUUAUAUUACAGCACGGACCUCGACUGUACAUUGUGAUGGAGGCAGCCGGUGGCGGUAACCUCUGCUCGCACGUGCUGGCGGCGCGCUCGCGGGGACUCCCCGAGGCGCAGGCGCGCGCUCUCGCCGCGCAGCUAGUGUCUGCUGUUAGACAUAUGCACGCACGCGGUGUUGUUCAUCGCGAUCUGAAGAUGGAAAACAUCAUGCUGGAUAGCACAAAGCAGUGUAUCAAGAUUGUAGAUUUCGGUCUAUCUAACGUGUGGAGCGCGGGCGGGGCGCUGCGCACGCCGUGCGGCUCGCUGGAGUACGCGGCGCCGGAGCUGUUUGUGGACGGGCGGCGCUACGGGCCAGAAGUCGAUCUGUGGAGCAUAGGGGUGAUAGUCUAUGGGAUGGUGACGGGAGCUCUGCCAUUCGCAGGGGGUUCGAGGGGUGGGGAGAGUACGGGGGGCACGGGGUGUCCCGGGGGCACAGAGGGUGCGGGGGGUGGCGGGGGGAACGAGGGGUCGGCGCAGUUGCGGGCGGCCAUCUCUCGCGGUUUCACGAGGAAGCAACACGCCGCUCUCGUAUGUGUGUCUGCGGCGUGCAAAACUUUCAUUCAACACCUGUUAGAGCCUAAAGUGGAGUUUAGAAUGAAAAUAGAGGAAGCAGCGAGACAUCGCUGGAUCAAGAAACCUGGAAUGAGGAUGAAAACACACCCUCUAGCCGCCGUCGAUUCUAAAACGAACAGGGAGAUUCACAGGCAAAUCUCAGAGCUGUGCAGUAAACCUUUAAUAGAUGUGAUGGCAGGCAUCAAGGCAGACCCAUUCGGACCCCUUGCAGGAAUGUACAAUAUAAAGACUCAUUUACACCAGCUGCAAGUGAACUCUGGUUCAGAUCUUCUUUGGUCAUUAAACAUGCAAGAGCCCAGACCGCAAAGUCCCCCCGAAUACCAUACAAAGUAUGAAGAAACAAGUCGGACCCCAUUAUCUACACCCAUACGAAAACCUAUAUCGAAAAUUGGAAUCUCGUCGGUCCAACCAAAUUCAUCUGUUAAGAGUUUACCUCACGAUUUUAAAACUAUCCAGAAUUUCUCCAAAAAAGCAGUUUUUAAGGUUUUGGAUAAUGGCGAUGGUUUAGACCCAAGGUUGCCGAGUAUCGACGAACAUUCCAACACGGAAAUGGAUCCCAAAAGAAUAUUGAUAAAUAAAAAUAUCAAUGACUCAGUGAGACUUAACACGUGUCCGAAGGUCGAUGUGAAAAGGACGAAGUUUUAUAGGAAAGCUGGUGACGCGAUGCCAAGAAACAUCGUGAGCCCACAUUCGUCUUCGAAUAGUCACUGCAAGAGUGAAAGGGCCAUGCCGGUGGGAUGGUAUUCAACAAAAUCACUCACGAAAGAAACUCACUUGCAACGCUUGAGACGGACUGCUCUUAUGAAA